AUGACAGAUUCUGAUCUUGCUUUCUCGUCAAAGCAACUUUAUCGGACGGCGUUCCACUUCCAGCCUCCCAAAAACUGGAUGAACGAUCCUAAUGGACCAAUGUGCUUCAAUGGAGUAUACCACCUCUUCUAUCAAUACAACCCUUAUGGUCCAAUCUUUACUUUCGAUCAAAUGCAUUGGGGACAUUCAGUAUCACAUGACUUAAUAAAUUGGAUCCCUGUAGACCACGCGAUGGCACCCACCGAACCCUUCGACAUCAACAGUUGCUACUCCGGUUCUGUUACGAUCCUCCCCGGAAACAAGCCUGUUAUGAUGUACACGGGAGUUGACUCUGAAAAACGGCAAGUCCAGAACUUGGCCUUCCCAAAGGACUUAUCCGAUCCCUAUCUUAGAGAAUGGAUCAAGUACACCGGCAAUCCUGUCAUAGAAGUUCCUGACGGGAUUCAACCGGGUGAUUUUAGAGACCCAACCACAGCUUGGGUCUCUGAAGAUGGGAAAUGGAGAAUAAUUGUGGGAAGCCGGAAAGAUAAGGACGGAAUCGCAUUUCUGUACCGAUCUGAGGACUUUAUUAGUUGGACAAAAUCCGAUUCGUCGUUUUAUAAGGUUGCAGGCAUUGGGAUAUGGGAAUGUCCUGAUUUCUUUCCGGUGUCGGUUGAUAGCAAGGAGGGGGUCGAUGCAUCUGUCCUGAACUCGAGCGUAAAACAUGUGUUGAAGUUGGGAUUGAUGGAUGGGAAAGACUACUACAUGAUCGGGAAUUACAGUUACGAGAAAGAUAACUACGCUCCUCAGAAUGAAUUAACGCUUACUACUCCAAGGUUCGAUCACGGGAAGUACUAUGGUUCAAAGUCGUUUUUCGACCCGAUCAAAAACCGAAGGAUAUUGAUUGCUUGGGUGAACGAGUGUGAUUCUGAAGCAGAUGUUAUCGCUAAAGGAUGGUCCGGACUUCAGUCGUUUCCGAGGAGCCUUUGGCUCGAUCAAAACCAGAAGCAGCUCGUACAAUGGCCUAUCGAGGAAAUCAAAAUGUUACACGAGAACGAAGUUUGUUUUCGUAAUAAGAAACUUGAAGGUGGAUCAUUACACGAAAUUCUGGGCAUAACUGCUUCUCAGGCCGAUGUGACGAUUUCGUUCAAACUAAGUAAUUUAGAAGAGGCUGAAGAACUGGACCCGAGUUGGAUUGACGAUCCGCGACUUAUCUGCAGCGAAAAGGAUGCAUCAAACAAAGGCAAAAUCGGACCAUUUGGACUCUUAGCUUUGGCUUCCCACGACUUAACCGAACAAACUGCAAUCUUCUUUAGGGUUUUCCAAAAGAACGGAGGAUACGUUGUACUAAUGUGCAGUGAUCAAAGCCGGUCUUCUACAAAAAAUGAGAUCGAGAAAACUUCGUAUGGAGCAUUUGUAGACGUAGAUCCUCAACAAGAUGAGAUUUCACUGAGAACCUUGAUAGAUCAUUCGAUCGUUGAAAGCUUUGGAGGUGGAGGAAAGACCUGCAUUACAGCCAGGGUUUACCCAACACUGGCCAUUGGAAACGAAGCCCGACUAUUUGCGUUUAAUGACGGAACAGAAAGUGUGGUGAUCUCCGAGUUGAGUGCUUGGAGUGUGAAGAAAGCUCUAAUUAACGUUGACGAAACUAUAAGCGACACAAAUUGAUAAUCUGAAGGAGAUGCUUCAUCUGUGCGAAGGAUCCAUUCAAGAAGGUUACAUAUAUUGAACGUGGUACCUGUUGUUGUUCGGACUAUUUAUAACGAAAGAAUAAAAUGGUAUUAUCUAUCGUUUCAAACUAUUUAUUCACACGUAACACCAAUAAUAU